CGAAGACCGUCGUGAUAAAACAUCAUGUGAACCACAUGCACAGGACACUCACUCCAGUAGGGGUAGUAUGCCGCAGAAGGCUGCGAGGCUUAAGGAUUGGAAACCUACAAGCGCGACCUGUGAUAAUGAUCGAAGUUAGCUUAGGUGAAGAGGAUCACAACGAGAACAGCUCAGCAAGAAAAAAACAGCCUUGGAAUUGUCGUCAUGGAUCCGCAUGUUGCAGCAUGCGGUCAGGCGGUAACUCCAUUGGUAACAUCACGGCCAUAGGAUGGACGGAGAUGAGUACUUACGGUACAAUCGCCACCAUGCAUGACAAAGUCAACUGAAUGAGCCUGUGAAGGUAGCCACCAAUCAGUACCUCAUGUUGAGCAGUGGUCAAGGCAAAGAACGAGGGUGAAAGAUCAGUGGAUUGACAGAUAGAUGUAAAGCAUCGAGCCUGACGGCUCUCAGAUACUC